AUGAAAAGUGUGGUCGUGGAUUUGAGGACCGAGGAGUCUUACGCAGCGGGCCACGUGGAGGGGGCUUAUAGCUUUCCCUGGGGAAACAUUCAGAUCGAUUCUUGUGGGUUUCCGCCGCGCGAUGUGGCUCUCACUGCGGUUUGCGAUGAGGCAAUUGGGUUGGACACCGUUGAGGUGUACUUGAGGCGGUUUUGCUUCGCGUCCUUGGAGGUUCGGCGGCUGCGCGCCACCGAAAAACUUGUACCGGAGGUGCCGCAAGGGACGUGCUGGUCUCCUAACCCCUUUCUUUCCGAGGUGCUGCCUGAAAUCGAGGCGGCCAACGGCGGCCCUUCUUUCGCAUUGGACGUGGGUUCUGGAGCAGGGAGGGAUAUGGUUUAUCUGGCGUCUCGGGGCUGGAGCGUCGCUGGCAUUGAAAACCGCGUCCGGCUGAUUAGGCAGGGCGUUGCGCUCAGCAAAAAACAUUGUGUUGGGGGACGCGUGCUCUAUAUACAUUGCGAUUUGAAAAAAACGUUUCCUAUCAAAUCUAAAGGCCCAGACCUAUUGCACGUAUGCCGCUUUUUGCACCGGCCCUCCUUGGCGAAACUGCUUCAGCUUCCUCGAAAAGGAGGAUUCCUCGUGUACAGCCAUUUCUUAGAUGGUUGUCAGAAAACUGAAGUGGGACGCCCCUCGUCGACCAAUGGGUUUUUUCUUCGCGGAGAGCUGCGGCAAUUGCUUUUGGAUUGCGGGUACGCCAUUCUUCUUGAAAGGGAAACGCUGUUGUCAGACGAAAGGCCCUUCGUACACAUCCUCGCAAGGCGCGAGAAGUAA